AUGACCACCAACCCGUCGCCCUCCACGACCCGCCCCAUCUUCGAACCCGUCGACACCUCCUUCAACCCCAGCGAACACUCGGCGCGAGACCGGGACGACGUCGAGAGCCCGUCGCUGACGAGCGGGAACGCCCUCGCGAGGUUCGAGUUCGAGCCGGGCAGGAGCAAGGAUGGGACGAAGGUGUUGAUGGUGGAGUGGGAAGAGGAUGAGAGUAGCAAGCGAGUUGCGGGGGAUUGGGAGAUUUCGUGGGAGGGCAAGAGGACGGUUCUGCCCGCGCGGGAUCCGGUGCAGGAGGAAGGGGAGGAGGCGCCGGUCAAUCGGCUGUACUUUUUGCUUGGACCUGGGGUGUCUGUGCCUGGCGCGGUGAAGUUGCAGAAGGGGAACGCAAGCAGUGCGGUGACGUGGAGGACGAACCCUUUGCCUGCGAUUUUUCCGCCGGAGUUGGGUGCCACGGCGCGGGCGGCGGGGAAGAAGGGCGUGCUGCAUACGAUCUGGGCGAAGAAGAGGUUGCAGGUUCUCACGAAGGAGAUCGAGCAGGAGGAGAAGGAUAAUGUGGAGGGGAUUGGGUUGGAGAUGGCGGUCGCGGAGAAGGAGUGGAUUGAGCAGAACUUUGGCGUCGUGGCGAAGCCCGGGAGUAUCAGCCUUGCGACGGCGCCGUCUGCGAUGGCGUCGGUGAUGGGGCAGGGGAGUUUGAACAGUCCUACGAGUCCGAGGAGUCCUGGUGGGGGGAGAUUGAUGGAUAAGUUGAAGGGGUUGAAGAUUGGGACAAGCGAGCAGGAUCUUUCGGGGCGGAAGGAGAACGAACAACAACAACAACAACCGCAUGGAUACCACAACCCGCUCAGUCCUGAGACGUCCGACGUGGCGGUUGGGUCGUUUGGCAGCUUUGCGGCGUUGAAAGGCGCGCCGCCUCCUUCGGCGAUGGCUGCUAAACCCCCUCAACCGCCUCAACCACAACCGCAACCGCAACCGCAACGGAAGAUCGCGGCGCAGAGACCGCCGGAGUCGUUUGCGUCGCAGCAGCGGCAGGCGGGAGGGAUGGGCUCUCUGAACGCGUUUGCCAGUGGAGAUGUGGGUGCUUCGAACGCAGCGCAAGAAGAUACGGGAGAUGAUUUGUUUGCUCUUCCCAUGAGUCCGCGAAGCCCCGAGAUGACCAAGAGUCCGUUUUCGUUCGCCGCGCAGGAUACGGUGAAGUAUUUGGAUGGCGAGAAGGCGUCGUGA